AUGGUCAGCGCCUACCUGCGUCGUGCGCACCACCUGGAGCCGGCCGGGAAGGAACGCAUCUUUUGCUUCGAUGGACCUGAUGAGCACAUCCGCAGGGCCUUGCUAGCACAAGAGCCCCCCUGGGUGGAGAAUCAGAUGGCCACCUCCAAGAUUUUCCACUUGAAAUGGACGGUGUCGGAUUGUGAGGAUGACUACCGCUAUCUUCAGGAGGGCAUGCUCUUCAAUCACUUCCAAAGGAAUCGUGAGUUAACCACGAAAGUGGGGCUCACCAACAACUUGCGGAGGUUUAGUUGCGAGGGCCCGGUGGAUGUGGAUCGCUUCUUUCCCCGCUCCUACGACAUGAGCUCAGCGAGCGAAGUGCAGGACUUUGUGUUGGACUUCCGCCGCUGCGCCGCGCUGGGCGUGUUGCGGCAACACUUGCGCUUGGCCAACUGGGCGGAGGAAAGGCGCAGGCUGAUGGAGCACCUGAACAUGGACGGAGUGGUGGAUGGUAGCUGCUACGUUUGCAACGUCAACGUGCUUAGGAUUGCGGUGAAGGCCAUGCUCCACUGGUUGGAGGAUUUGGAUGGCACCUUCUUUGAGGACGAAGACCAACGACUGGGCGCCCGACCUCACCUCUACACCCAGGAGUGGGACGCUCUGGUGUGCUACAGCGAACUCACCGACGCAGAGCUCUGUGGUGAGGAUGGUGAGGAGCGUAAGCGGAAGCAACGUGGCAGCUAUUCAGCCUCCGGCAUGGCGAUCCCCUCUCCAACAAGGAGCCCUUGGCGCGGCGCCCGUGCAGAGAACCAUCAGAGGUGGCCUGAGUUUUACCAGCACCACUGGGGCGAGCCCCCUGCGAACCUGCGGCAGCAUGCGGAGGAGACCCUGAAGCUUUUGGAGGCACGGUGGCCCCAGAUCUCUGCGCAGGGGCCCAUGAACGUUUGGGUGGUGAAGCCUGGGAGCAGUUCCAAGGGCUCCGGGGUCCUCUGCAUGGAUUCGCUACCAGAGGUGUUGCACCACUGCAAGACCACCUCAAACCGAAUCGUGCAGAAGUACAUUGAACGACCCUUGCUGCUCUUCAGCGGUCGGAAGUUCGAUCUGCGACAGUGGGUGAUGGUACGCUCUUUUCGACCACUGAAGGUCUACAUGUUCUCCUCGUGCUAUUUGCGCUUGUGCAACGAGCCCUACGAUUUGGGAGAUUUGGAGAACCGGCAGCGGCACAUCUCCAAUUGGUCGGUGAACAAGCGCGGCAAGCACGUCUCGGACGGCGCGGUGGCUUCGCUGGACGAAUUCCAGGAGGUGCUGGAGAUGAUGACGGGCCAGCGCAGCUACUGGGAAGAAGAACUGAUCCCGCAGUUGAGGACCUGCAUCGUCCAGACCCUACAGGCUGUGCAGCCCAAUAUCAUUCAGAGGUCUGAAAGCUUCGAAGUCUACGGCUUCGACUUUUUGAUCGGCGAAGACUUGAAGCCCUGGCGCCCUGGACUGGAGCAUGGGCGCCAUUGCUUCGAAGGGUGA